AUGGCUGGAAGCACAAGCAUCUGGGUCAGUAGUGAGGCGAAGAAUGAUCCACCAGCAAUCUUCAAUCUUCGCCUUCUCUAUCUUCUCGUUGCUGUUGCGUGGGGAGGUGCAUUUUAUGGAUUCGACACUGGAAAUAUUUCGGGGAUUCAAACCCUCGCUUCAUUUGAAAAAGCCUUUGGAAUGGCCGAUAUGACUACAUCGGAGAUCGACAAUCGAAAGGGAAUCAUCUCCGCGAUGCUAGCAGCUGGUGGAUCAGCAGGCGCCUUACUUGCGGCUCCAACAUCCGAUUACCUUGGCCGCAAAUGGUCUGUCUUCUUAUGGGCUGUCAUUUUCAUAAUUGGAGCUGCAAUGCAGAUGGUGCCUACCUAUAAUGUGCUUCUCGCAGGUCGAUUCAUUGCUGGGAUGGGUGUCGGUGCUUCAUCAAUGCUCACGCCGCAAUUCUUGGCAGAGAACUCCCCCCAAAUCAGUUCGAGCUAUGGUGUCUCUAAAUGGUCUUAUCCUGGAGUUGAGACGGAUAAUCGCCAAUGGCAAACUGCUAUGGCAAUUCAACUCAUCCCAGGUGGCCUCAUGUGCUUGAUGAUUCCAUUUGUCCCAGAAACACCCCGAUGGUUGAUUAACCAUGGGAAACAUGAACAGGGACUUGCGAAUAUUUGCAAGUUGAGGAAGUUGCCUCCUUAUCACGAGUAUGUGCAGACCGAGUUUCGCGAGAUCGAAGCCCAAGUGACCUAUGAGCAAGAAUUCUACGCCGGACACAGCUAUUGGGUUGUGAUUAAGGAUAUUUUUACUUUGAAAAACAACUUUCAGCGUUUCUUCCUGGCUAUUAUGUUAUUUCUAUUUCACAAACUCACUGGAACAGAUUCCCUUAACUACUAUGCGCCCGAGAUUUUCGACUUGAUUGGGGUCUCGGGUGGCUCAAGUAAUUUACUGGAUACUGGAAUCUAUGGUGUCGUUAAAGUGGUAACGUCUCUGUUCUAUGUGUCAUAUUUGAUUGAUCGCAUUGGACGUCGGAUUCCACUACUCGUUGGCGCAACGAUUCAAGCCACCUGCAUGCUAUAUCUUGCUCUUUAUCUUCGCUUUGCAGGCACAACUGAUGAUAGCACUGGAGAAGGUACACCUGCGGGAGGAAUUGCUGGCAUUGUGUUUAUUUACAUUUACGCCUUUGGGUGGUCAUUCGGUCACUCGGUAGCGCCCUAUGUUCUUGCGGCGGAAGUCUUUCCAUCACGAAUUCGCUCUUUCUGCAUGGCUAUUUGCUUGUUUGUCGAUUGGAUUGUCGAUUAUGGAAUCACCCGUGCUACACCAAACAUGAUUACCGAGAUGGGAUGGGGUGUGUUUUUGUUAUAUGCUAUGCUGACAUACCUGGGUGUAGUUUUCAUCUUCUUCUGCAUGCCGGAGUUGAAGGGCCGAUCGAUUGAAAGUAUGGAUGCUCUAUUUGAUCGACCCUUGUGGACUAUGUGGCGACAUGCCUAUCCUACAGAGGAAGGGAAAGUCCGCUCUGAUGUCCGUGAGAUUAUGGCUGGAAAGCUUCAGAACCAUGAGGAUGACAAUAAGAGGGAAUAUGUGGAACAUGUGGAGACUGCCUGA